CACUGCUUCAGCACCACAUGCGCUAACGACUGUUAUACACCACAUUUCGGACUCACAACAUGAUAUAAAGGCUCUGUCUCAAGCCCCGUCCACUUAUAAACUAUCACCACCAUGGCGCCCUCGGCCAUCAACGAUGCGCCGCUGGCCUCGGGGCGCAACUCGCCCAAACCUCCACCAGCGAAGAUCUGGAGCGUGAAUGAACCGCCCUUCGAAGGCUUCAGGCGCAUAGAUACCGAAGGCUAUGCGCGCAGUAACCACGAGACCGCCAUAGUAAUUGACAAUGGCUCGUCGGCAGUCCGCGCAGGGUGGUCCUUCGAUUCAAAGCCGCGAUUAUCAGUACUCCCGAAUAUGGCGCGGUAUCGCGAUAGGAAGCUAAACCGAACAUUCACCUUUGUCGGCUCCGACGUCUACUCGGAUGGCACGGCGCGCGGGCAGUCGAAACCCGUCUAUGAGCCUGGUAGCAACAUUGUGAACAACUGGGAUGCCAUGGAGGGUGUGCUCGACUACUGCUUCAUCAAGAUGGGCUUGGACGGACGGAAUGGGCGCAUAGACAGGCCGAUUGUCAUGACUGAGCCUAUUGCAAACUUGGGAUACUCGAGGAAGACCAUGUCCGAGAUCCUCUUCGAGUGCUACGGCGCGCCCUCGGUCGCAUACGGCAUCGACUCGCUCUUCUCCUACUCCUACAACGGCGGUCGCAAUGGCCUGAUCAUGGAUUCGUCAUACACAUCAACCCACCUGAUACCCGUUAUAGAUUCGAAACCGCUCCUAUCACAGACUACGCGCCUCAACUGGGGCCGUUUCCAGUCCGCCCAAUAUCUCCUGAAGUUGCUGAGACUCAAGUACCCUACUUUUCCUGGCAAAAUCAGCGACAAUCAAGCCGAGGAUCUUGUACGGGAACAUUGCUAUGUGUCACAGAAUUACGAAGAAGACCUCAGCCGCUAUCUGGACUGGACGGGGCUCGAGGACCGAAAUCACAUUGUGCAGUUCCCGUACACAGAGGCAAUCGUGGUGCAGAAGACGGAGGAGGAACUGGCAGCUGCAGCGGAAAAGCGCAAAGAGAGCGGACGAAGGUUACAGGCUCAAGCCGCAAAGAUGCGUUUAGACAAACUCAAGAGGAAGGAGGAGGAGUUGGAAUACUACAUACAGCUGCAAGCGCAACUCGAGGAAAUCACUACCAAAAAAGAGAAGGCCCGUGUACUGGAGUCGAAUGACUUUGAUGACGAGAAUCAAUUGAACAAAAAGGUCAAGGAGCUGGAGUCGUCGAUCAAGAAGGCUCGCAACAAGGACGUAGGCGAUGUCGAGGAGGAACAGGUUGAGGAGCCCACUUUCCCGCUGCUCGAAGUACCCGACGAUCAACUCGACGAAGAGGGCAUCAAGCAGAAGCGCCAACAACGCUUGAUGAAGUCCAACUACGAUGCUCGCCAGCGUGCAAAGAUAGAAAAGGAGAAGGAGAAGGCCCGCCAAGCAGAAGAACAGCGACUCGAUGAUGAGCGAAGAGAAACAGAUCCCCAAGGCUGGAUCGACGAGCGGCGGAUAGCCCGACAAGCCAUCGUCCAGAAGAUGAAAGACCGCGAGCGUCUCAAAGCCGAACUCGGAAACCGAAAGUCUCUUGCCAACCAAAUGCGAAUGAAGUCCAUCGCGAACCUAGCCUCAGACAACCCUACUAAGAAACGGCGAAGGGGAGGUGGAGACGACGAUACAUUUGGCGCUGAUGACGCAGAUUGGGGUGUGUACCGCACCAUCGCGACAGGCGAGGGAUCGGACGAUGAAGAAGAGGAGGAUCUCAACAAAAACCUAAAAGAUAUCGAGUCGCAGCUUCUCAAGCACGAUCCCAACUUCACCGAGGAAUCGACGCGUGAAGCGCAGACGGACUGGACGAAGAGUAUCCUACAUUCCUUUUUGCACGGCCCGUAUCCAUUUGAUCACGAAAGCCAAAAGGAGAGCAAUCAGGUCCACCUCAACGUCGAGCGGAUCCGUGUCCCGGAAGUGGUGUUUCAGCCCUCGAUUGCUGGGCUCGAUCAAGCCGGCAUCAUCGAGAUUGCAUCCACUAUCCUCAACGAGCGUUUAGCUGACUCGCCGUACCGCGACGAUGUACUCAAGGACAUCUUCCUCACGGGUGGGAAUACCCUGUUCCAGGGCUUUGAAGAGCGACUCAGAGCAGAGCUGCGCGCUGUUUUGCCAGCAGAGCAGGGGACUAACGUGCGCAGAGCAAAGGACUGUGUGCUGGAUGCGUGGCGCGGAGCAGCGCAAUGGGCGGGCAAGAAAGAGUCGAAGCAGAACUUCAUUACCAAGGCCGAGUUUCUAGAAAAGGGCGCCGAGUAUAUCAAAGAGCAUGAUUUGGGCAAUGCUUCUUACUAGGGGGGCAUGACUGUGAGGGUAGCUUUGUAAAACUGGCGUCUGUAUUAUAGUGGUGCAAGGCGCUUUUAGGGUCUAUUGAGUAGUGUUGCAAUCACGGAAUAACGUAAUUUCUAUUGUUCUCG